AUGGCGGACAUUGUCAACCACACAGCUGAAAAUCCCAACCAGCGACUCUACAAAACCUAUGAAGAGGCACUGAAGAGCAUAAGAGACUUCGAGAUAGAAACAACAACAAAAUUUGUUGUUUGGAGAAAGAACAAGCAAUUUGGCUGCAAAGGACACAAGGUUGUCUGGCAUGAAAGAGCAAAGGAUGAGAAUGAUUCUGGAAGACAUAGCAUUGGCUAUGAUGGAACUCCUUUCUUCAUUAAUGGUGAGGUAAUUCUGGAAUGUCAACAUGCAACCGAGAGACAUGAAUCUUGGCGAAAUCUCCAGAAAAAGGGCGAAGAUGAAGUUCAGCAUAGAGACUUCAGCCUGCAUAAGAAAAGAAGAUUCCAUUUGCAAGAUACAAAGAAACUUGAUUGUCCAGCCAGGAUCCACAUGAAAGAUAUUGUUAGAUUCAUUGAUUUCAAAAUUCAAAAAGAGACACCUCACUUCAGAAAAGAGGCAUCAAAGACUAUAAGAUCAACCAUUGAAACUGGAGCAGAAGUAAAAGUUGAGAGACGAAUCUUUGUAUCUUACCCUAGCCCUGAGGAACAUAAAUUUCAUCCUAUUGGUGCUGAAGCAGACAUAGCACAACAGGUAGAUACAAGGAAUAUUGACUUAAUCCAUUUGAAAAUAUCAGAGGGCAUCAGAAACGUGAAAGAGAUGAAGAGACACAUAAAGUGUUAUGUCAAAAAUUACCUGUUCAAAGAUCAGAGUCUACCUGCACCAACUAAUCGAAGGUUUAUCCUUCAAAUGUACCUGUAA